AUGUCGAUGAAAAAAUUGCAAGCCGAGAUCGACCGGGUCUUAAAGAAAGUGAGUGAAGGUGUCGAAACCUUUGACAAUAUUUUCGACAAGAUACAGUCCACCAGCAAUUCAAAUCAAAAAGAAAAAUAUGAGCAAGAUUUAAAGAAAGAAAUUAAGAAACUGCAGCGUCUACGUGAUCAAAUCAAAACAUGGUUGUCUUCAAAUGAUAUCAAGGACAAAACUGCCUUGAUGGACAAUAGAAAACUUAUUGAGACAGAAAUGGAAAGAUUCAAGAAUGUUGAGCGCGAAAUGAAGACAAAAGCUUUCUCAAAAGAAGGUCUACUGCAACGAGAGAGAAUGGAUCCAAAAGAGAAAGAAAAAGCAGACGCGUGCGAUUGGAUUUCAAAUACUGUGGACGAAUUAUCACGCCAAAUUGAAAUGGCUGAAGCUGAAGUUGAAACACUGCAAGGCACAUCGAGAAAAGGAAAGAAAGACCAUUCAAAAGUUGAGAGAACAAAUGAAUUAGAGCACUUUAUUGAGCGUGAUCGAUGGCAUAUCAAUCGCUUAGAACUUAUUCUGAGAUUACUGGAAAACGAUCAGCUAUCGCCUGACAGAGUCACUGCUAUUCAGGAUGAUGUGCAAUACUAUCUUGAGUGUAAUCAGGAGCCUGAUUUUGAAGAAGAUGAACUUGUCUAUGAUGACUUGAACUUGGAAGAAGAAGAGGAAAUGUACAAUGUAGGCACUGAAGAUCACUUUGUAGCUGAAGCGCAAUCACCUCGUGUUGUUGUUCCAUCUGCCUGGGCAGAACCUAUCAAAAUCGCAGAUCAAAUCAAAUCCACAAAUGAAAAAUCGACAGCAGAGAAACAGAAAACUCAUCCUGGUGCUGAAGUUGAAUCCCGUCUGCCAAACUCUUUGGCCGAUCUUGCUUCUUCUUUUGAAGCAAUUAAACUAAAAGCAUCCAAGAAUGAAGACUCUCAAUAUGCCAAUCGUAUGUUGGAUGCCAGUCUUCAGUUUGUUCCUGAUCUCAUAGACUCUGAAAGACCUAAAGUGUAUCAAGCACAAACACCACAAUUGACACCUGCUUAUUAUCCCCAACAGCCACUGGCUAUUUUUGACAAUCCAAGUCUUUUUGAAAAGUUUGAUAUGGAUGCACUGUUUUUUAUAUUUUAUUAUCAACAGGGCACUUACCAACAAUACUUGGCUGCAAAAGAACUCAAGAAGCAAUCAUGGCGCUUCCAUAAGAAAUACUUGACUUGGUUCCAACGCCAUGAAGAACCAAAGACUAUUACAGAUGAAUAUGAACAAGGAACUUAUAUCUAUUUUGAUUAUGAAGGCGCUUGGUGUCAGCGCAAGAAGACCGAAUUUCGAUUUGAAUAUCGUUAUUUAGAAGAUGCGUGA